GCAGCAGAUUUCCUUUGAGCUGCUAAUACUCAGGUUAGAUACUAGAGCUUAAACAGCGUGCACUUUUGCUUGCAUUGAACGGUUUAGAUCUGUGAAAGACGGGGCAAUCUCAAUCUCAGAAGAGGAUGGCUGCCGCAGCUGCAGUCACUUCACCCGCAGUGGAAGUCGAUCAGAUCUCCAAGCUUCGCUCUCAGGUCGCCAAGCUCGCUCAGAUCAGUGACAAUGAGAAGGAAGGGUUUAUCCGCCUGGUUUCCCGUUACCUCAGCGGAGAAGAAGAGAAGAUUGAGUGGGAGAAGAUAAAAACACCUACAGAUGAAGUUGUGGUUCCCUAUGCCGAUUUGGCGCCUUUAGGAGAAGAUACCAAGGAGCUUCUGGACAAGCUAGUUGUACUGAAGCUUAAUGGCGGGCUGGGGACAACCAUGGGAUGUACUGGCCCCAAAUCAGUCAUCGAAGUUCGAAAUGGGUUGACAUUUCUGGAUUUGAUUGUCAGGCAAAUAGAGUCAAUGAACAACAAGUAUGAUUGCAAAGUACCUUUGGUACUAAUGAAUUCAUUUAACACACACGAUGAUACAAUUGAGAUUGUACGGAAGUACUCUGACUCAAACAUUGAUAUCCACAUAUUCAACCAGAGUCAAUACCCACGCAUGGUUGCAGAGGAUCUGACACCCUGGCCAAUUAAUGGUCGUACAGAUAAAGAUGGAUGGUAUCCACCUGGUCAUGGAGAUGUUUUUCCUGCUCUUCUGAAUAGUGGGAAGCUUGAUGAACUCUUAGCACAGGGCAAGGAGUAUGUGUUUAUAGCAAACUCUGACAACUUGGGAGCAACUGUUGACCUCAAAAUCUUGAAUCAUUUGGUUAAAAACCAAACUGAAUACUGCAUGGAGGUCACUCCCAAGACACUUGCAGAUGUGAAGGGUGGUACUCUUAUUUCAUACGAAGGCAGGGUUCAGCUUUUGGAGAUUGCACAGGUUCCAGAACAGUAUGUUAGUGAGUUCAAGUCAAUUGAGAAGUUUAAAAUCUUUAACACCAAUAACUUAUGGGUGAACUUAAAGGCCAUUAAAAGGCUUGUUGAGGCUGAUGCUCUUAAAAUGGAGAUAAUUCCAAAUCCUAAGGAAGUGGAUGGUGUGAAGGUCCUUCAGCUUGAAACGGCUGCAGGUGCUGCCAUAAGGUUUUUUGAUCGUGCAAUUGGUGCAAAUGUUCCAAGAUCCCGCUUUCUCCCAGUGAAGGCUACUUCUGAUCUACUUCUUGUUCAGUCAGAUCUUUACACUUUGGAAGAUGGUUUUGUCAUUCGAAAUCCUGCAAGAGUCAACCCUGCAAAUCCCUCCAUUGAUUUGGGCCCUGAAUUUAAGAAGGUUGGUAACUUCCUAAAACGUUUGAAGUCAAUACCCAGCAUCAUUGACCUUGACAGUUUGAAGGUGUCAGGUGACGUCUGGUUUGGCAGUGGAAUUAUCUUGAAGGGAAAAGUCAUCAUAGAAUCAAAGCAAGGGGAAAAGCUUGAAGUUCCUGAUGAUUCUGUAAUUGAGAACAAGGUGGUCAAGAGCGUGGAGGAUAUCUAAACUAGCUUGUGAUUGCCAGAUGCCUCAGUUUUGAUUUUUUGGGUUUCUUGUUGAAGACUACUAGAGUUGAGCAUGUUUUUGGCAUCCUCAUGUCUUAUCUUCUUCCGUUAUUUAUAGGUUCUAAUUUUAAUUAGUAACUAGCUUUAUUCUAUGUAAAAUUUGAGCAGAUCUUUUAGGCAAAUAAGCUUAAGCCGAAGAACUAAAACUGUAUGAAUAAAUUUUCUCCCAAUUGGAAUAAAAUAACCAGUUGAAAAGGUUAUGUCACUUGCUUAACAGAGUACAAAAUCUCCCUGUUGCAGCGGAGCUUUUUUUGGGAAAUAUAUUGGUUUUUUUCUCUUAAUAUGAAGUGCGAAAUUGCAAACA